AGCGCCAGCCACAGCUAGUAGUCGCUCGACGAGAAGACCAACAGCGACACGGAGCGCGACGCCCGUACCUGUAACAUCUUCUGCACAUCGAUCUCGUCAAGAUGGUUCGCUUCCUCAAGACCACAUUGUGCAUCGUUUCAAUUGCCCUCAUAAUUGGUGCGGCCCAAGCGGCAGGCGCUGGCAAUAAUCGUAGAAAGCAGCAGGAGAAAAAAGAAGAGAAGAAAGAAGAGCCGGAGGCUUUGGACGGUGCGAGCGAUCAGUGCCCGGAACCCUAUGGCUAUUUCGCCGACGCAGAGCAAUGCGAUAAGUACUACGAGUGCAAAGAUGGCGCCAUCACAGAAAAGCUUUGCCCCGACGGCAUGGUCUUUAAUGACUACAGUUCUGAAUACGAAAAGUGCGAUCUGCCGUUCAACAUUGACUGCUCCAGCAGGUCCAAACUACAGACCCCCCAACCAUCGCAGCAUUGUCCAAGAAAACAUGGCUACUUCUCACAUGAAGAGAAAAAUGUUUGCGACAAGUUCUACUACUGCGUUGAUGGAAAAUUCAAUAUGAUCACGUGUCCUAACGGACUGGUCUACAACGACAAGGCCGGCAUCUGCUCCUGGCCGGACGAAGCGCACAAGAAAGGAUGCUCGUCCGAAGAGGUCUUCCAAUUUGACUGUCCCAAAGUGGACGAAAUGGUGGGAGCAACACAUCCACGCUAUGCCGACCCAGAAGACUGUCAAUACUUCUACGUCUGCAUCAAUGGUCUAACUCCAAGGAGAAAUGGAUGCAAGCUGGGACAAGUUUUUGAUGACACUAGGAAAUCUUGUGAUUGGGCAAGGAAAGUCCCCGAAUGCGCGGAUUGGUACAAGGGUCAACUGACCGAUGAACAGCUAGAGGCUUUGGAGAACCCACCAACACGUAAACCCAAACCUGCUGCAUCAGGGACAUCAAGGAGGAGGCCGCAAAAGAAACCUGCCGCACGUCAAGAAGAAGCCGAAGAGUGGGUCCACGCACAAGAAUUUAAAUGCCCAGAACGCACCGGAUACUUUCCUGAUCCUGUACAAUGCGACGUUUAUUAUUUAUGCUCGAAAGGAGUAGCGGAGGAGAAAUUAUGUCCUGACGGGUUGGUUUUUGACGAUAAGGAUCCAAAUCAUGAAAGAUGUGACAUUCCAGCCAAUGUAGACUGUGAAGACCGAACAGAACUACAGGAAGCUCAACCAAGCAAAGGAUGUCCCCGCGCAAACGGUUAUUAUCGCCAUGAAGAUCCUCAAGCUUGCGAUAAGUUUGUAAAUUGCGUCGAUGGAGUCCCACAUGAACUACCGUGUCCUGGUGGGUUGAUUUAUGACGACGUUGCUAGCACCUGCGCUUGGCCAGCGGAGAGUCAUCGUAAAGACUGCACAAAUGCCAAACGAGACUCUUUGGAUGAUGGCUUCUCGUGUCCUCCUGGUGAUGUCACUGGUCCCGGCGGUCGUACCCUUCCCCAUCCCACAUUUGCGCACCCUGACGACUGUCAAAAAUUCUACAUCUGUCGUAAUGGCGUCCAACCACAAAAAGGAUCAUGUUCAGCGGGUAGCGUCUACAAUGAAGAUACUUUCAUGUGUGAUGAUCCUGCUAAUGUCCCAGGAUGUGAAAAUUAUUACGAUGAAAAACCAUCUUCGGGCGGAAAGAAAAAUUAGUACUUGCUCUAAACUUCAAGAGAAAGUCAAGCCAAGGCGCCAUUUUGCAUCCCAACAUUCCUAAGACGAUGAGAUGGAAUUAUUUGAAUUAUC